AUGAGCAAAGAGACGGAAAAGAAGCGCAUAGCCAUUGUCGGCAGUGGCAUAUCUGGUCUGAGCGCCUUGUAUGCGCUUCGCGAUACCCAGCAUGAGGUGCAUCUUUUUGAAAAGGAGGACCGGCUAGGCGGUCACACAAACACGGUGACGUGGAAGCACAACGGCAAGACGACGCCCGUCGAUACCGGCUUCAUUGUCCUGAAUGUCGCUACAUACCCAAACUUUAUCAAAUUCCUCUCCGCUCUACGUGUCAAGACGGUAGAUUCUACAAUGACUUUUGGCGUUUCCCGCGAUGCUGGUGCCUUUGAAUGGUCCGGUACAUCAGGAAGCACCAUCUUCGCCCAGCCAUCCAAUGCACUCAAGCCGACCUUUUGGCGCAUGGUUUUCGACAUUAUCCGCUUUAACCAGUUCGCCCUGGACUUGCUAUCCAUCCCCCCAGGAUCUCCAGAUGCUUUCGCUGCUACAGAAAUGAGCAUUGGCGAGUACCUGGAGCGAGAGGGGUACUCGGACGCGUUUAGGGAUGACUACUUGAUCCCAAUGACUGCAUGUGUAUGGAGUACCGGCGCAGACAAAUGCGCUCUAGAGUUCCCAGCACUGACGCUGAUACGCUUCAUGUGGAACCAUCAUCUCCUCAGCACCAUCUCGGAAAGACCGCCCUGGUUGACAGUUGAAGGCGGAGCCAUCAAGUACAUUGAUGCCGUGUUGGAGUUGGCAGGUAACUGCCAAGGCCAUCUUGGGACGCCUGUCUUGGCUGUGAAGCGGAAAGACCAAAAGGUCGAAUUAAAGCUAGGCGGAAGAGGAGAGGGUCAAACCGAAGUUUUUGACGAGGUUGUGUUGGCCUGCCACGGAGAUCAGGCGAGAUGGAUCCUGGGUGAUGAUGCAACAGAAACGGAGAAGGAGAUCCUAGAUGCAUUCGAGACAACUCCCAACACUGCAUAUCUGCACUCUGACCUCUCGCUCAUGCCCCAACGCCAUACUGCCUGGUCCGCAUGGAACUACCUCACCACGUCCAAGGCCAACCCACCAAAGGAUGCAAACCUAACAUCUUCCUCUGGCGCCCUCGAGUCUGUCUGUUUGACCUAUGAUAUGAACACUCUCCAACAUAUCCCACGAGACACCUUCUCCUCGGUCCUUGUUACCCUCAACCCACCUAACCCACCCUCUCCUGCUCUAACCCAGGCAACAUACCAAUACCGCCAUCCCUUGUACAACUCACGUAUGGUGUUUGCACAAGACCGCCUAAACGAGAUACAAGGCAAGCAAGGUAUCUGGUACGCAGGCGCAUGGACAGGCUACGGAUUUCACGAAGAUGGCUGUCGAAGCGGAUUGCAAAUUGGAGAGAAGCUUGGUGGAAGCGCAGGCUGGGAAGUCGUAGACGCAAAGUUUAUGCGAGGCAGGAAACCCGUCUUAGAGUGGAAGGACUACGUUGUAAGGCUGGUUGUAACCCUGAUGCAAAUGGGAAUCAGUAUCCUGGAGAGCUUGGUUGGUGUAGAGAGGAAGCGCGUAAAGACUACUGGAGACAAGAAGGAGCUGUAA